AUGGAAACUAAAAUAUCGCGAGCACUCGCUGGAGCGCUUCUUACACUCGCUAAGGUACACGAACAGAAGAAUGAGUUGGAAGAGGUGUUGCGCAACUACAAGAUUGAUUCACCCAUUCCUUCCAAUUUUCCUAUUAACAAGAAACUCAACAAGCAAAUUAUUUCGAUAAAAAACAAGAUAUAUAUUGGCAAAUACGUUUCAUCUUCUUCGAGUCAACCUUCAGCUAAAGAUCACCAUUUAACAGAAUUGGCUAAAAUAGUAAAUGAUGAAAAAAAGAAACUAACUGAGAUAAUGAUUUUGAAUAUUGUUAAUUCUGGAUUGUUUAAUGACAAAGAUCUUGAAAAAUGGGGUUACUUGUAUUCCUCAAGAGGAGUUCAACUAUUACAAGAACACAGAAGAAUCGCUAGUCAUAUUGAGACCGGCACUCAAAUUGUACAGCAGGAGAGGUGGGUUAACGCGGAGAACGGAAAAUCCCUGCUGAUGCAGUGUCAUCCGGAUGGAUAUCCACAGGAGCGACUAUAUGUUGCACGAGCUUGGCAUAAAGAAAAGUUUACGAAUUCCGAAAAUGGCUGUGAAAGGUAG